GAGACUAGCCCUGUUACACUGUCCAGAGGGAGCCAUGGCCACAGACAACCCCGUGGAAAGUCUCCAGGAGGAAGCUUCAUGCCCCAUCUGUCUGGAGUAUUUUAAGGACCCAGUGAUUAUAGACUGUGGGCACAAUUUCUGCCGAGCCUGCAUCACCCAGUGCUGGGAGGGAUCGAAUACAGCCGUCUCCUGCCCUCAGUGCAGAGAAACUGUGCAACAGGGAAACCUCAGGCCGAACAGGCGGCUGGCAAAUGUUGUAGAAAUAGCCAAAUGGUUGAGAUUACAGGCAGCAAAGGGAGCAGGAGAGGAGAGGUUGUGUGGGGAACACCAGGAGACUCUGAAACUGUUCUGUGAAGAGGCUCAAAGUUCUGUCUGUUUGGUUUGCCAUCUGUCCCGGGAUCACAGAGAUCACACGGUGGUUCCCAUAGAGGAGGCUGUGCAGGAGUACAAGGAAAAAAUUCAGGCCCAUUUGAAGGCUCUGCGGGAAGAGAGAGAAAAGCUGCUGGGAUUGAAAGUGACUGGAGAGGGGAAAAGCCAGGAGUAUCUGAAACAAACACAAACCGAGAGGCAGAAGAUUGUGUCUGAAUUUCAGCAACUGCGGCAGUUCCUGGAGGAACAAGAGCGACUCCUGCUGGCUCAGCUUGAGAAGCUGGACGAGGAGAUUGUGAGGAUCCAGAAUGAAAAUAUCACCAAACUCUCCAAGCAGAUUUCCUGUCUCAGUGAGCAGAUCAGUGAGAUGGAGGGGAAGUGUCAGAAGCCAGCAAGUGAAUUCCUGCAGGAUGUCAGAAGCACCUUGAGCAGGUGUGAGAAGGGGAAGUUCCAGCAGCCAAAGGAAAUUUCUUCUGAACUGGAAGAGCGAGUCAGUGGUUUCUCCCAGAAAACUAUUGUGCUAUUGGAGGCUCUGAGGAAGUUCAAAGACACUCCGUCUGCACUGGAGACAAAAACAGGGGAACCCCUAGGAUCCGACAGACUGGUGAAUGUGACUCUGGAUCCAGACACGGCUCAUCCCCAACUCGUCCUAUCUGAGGAUUGGAAAUGUGUGAGAUGUGGAGACACACGGCAGCAACUGCCCAACAACCCUGAGAGAUUUGACAUUGAGCCCUGUGUGCUGGGCUGUGAGGGAUUUACCUCAGGGAGACAUUGCUGGGAGGUGGAGGUGGGAGUUGGGGGAGGCUGGGCUGUGGGGGUGGCCAGAGAGUCUGUGGGGAGGAAGGGAUGGAUCAGCCUUAACCCUAAGGGAGGAAUCUGGGCUGUUAGGCAGUGUGGGGGUCAGUUCCGGGCUCUCACCUCCCCUGUGACCCCCCUACCCCUGUGCCGGGCCCCCAGCAGGAUCUGGGUUUGUUUGGACUGUGACCGGGGGCAGGUGACAUUUAUUGUUGCUGGUGACGAGGCCCCGAUCUUCACUUUCCCACCGGGCUCCGUCCCUGGGGAGAUAAUCCGACCCUGGCUCUGGGUGGGGGGAUCCCAACUCAGACUGUGUCCCUGAGACACUGGGGGGGGGACACAAUAUUCCACUGGGGACCCUGAGAUCAGCCUCUCUAUCCUCACACACCCUAAUCUCUGUGACCACUAUAGAGAGCAUUUAGUGAGCGAGCUAGAGAAGCCAAUCUCAUCACUGUCCCAGGGAUUGUGCAGCCUGUUUGCCACUGUCCUCUAUGAUGCAUGAGGGCUCUGGGGAUCCUGGGUCAGACAGUGCCACUGAGACAUGUGAAGGGGAACAGCCCACUGGGAAUGAAACAAGUCAUUGAAACAAGUCAAUGAAACUAGCCACACUCAUCCUACCCCCUAUGGCCUGGAGGACUCCUGUCUUCCCAAUUGUGACGUUAUUGACAUGAACUGUGACCGUAUAGAUCAUUGUUUCAACCAGGGUCCUAUGGCUGCACCAGAUCUUGUACAGAGGCGGUCAAGUGGGGUUUCUAUGGAAAGGCUGUAGUUUGCUGGUUAUGAUUAUGCUGUCUGUACUUGUGUAUCAUUUUUGUAUUUGAAGUUAUGAAUAUUGGCUA